AUGGCCGCCGUCGACGCUGCACCCUCGACGCCUUCUCCUCCUUCUUCUUCCAUCCGAACGCCUCCCGCACCUCGCCUGGGAUAUCACGACAGCUGGGAGCCGUAUUCACCACGCAAAUCCGCGAGACUAUCUGCACAGCGCGCAUCCGCCAGGACGCCCUCGCCGCCGCCAGCUACCCGCCCAGCCCUCGCCUCGCCUCGCACCGCAGCAAAAUCCAGCGCCCAGAGCUCAGCAGCCAUGGCCUCACCGGCGUCUUCACCGCGCAAGAAGCGUCAGCCUGCCGCCGACUCUGUGCGACGCGUCACCGCGACCCUGACCGCAGAGUCCACCGUCGCGUCAGGAUCCAAGGAAAAGACUGUUGCCGGUCGGGCUGUCGCCUCAUCUUCCCUCCCGCUUCCCACGCCUUCCAAGACGCCCCAGAAGCCGCCGAGUUCAAAGGACGUCGCUCAGAUUCAGGCCUUUGCCCGCAAUCUGUUCCCUGUUGCCGAGGAGACUGAGCUGGCGAGCCCGCGCAAGAAGCGCUCCAAGAAGUACUCUGCCGUUACGCUGGAGAGCUUCCGGGCUGAAGUGGCCGCGGAGGACAUUGAAAUUUUCACCGACUCUCAGGACCGCAUUCCCAAGAAGGACGACAGCAAGUCGAAUCCCUUCAUCGGCAAUGCCGCCAGUGCAGAACCCUCCAGACGCCGCACUAAGCGCAAGAUUCACGUUCCUGGCGAAGGCUCCCAGUCGGUUGACGAAGUGUCUCGCCGUGAAGACGGCAUGAUUUACGUAUUCCGUGGCAAGAAGUUUUUCCGCAAGUUCUCGGACUUUGACGAUGGUGAAGAGGACGAAGAACUGCCUUCGGAUGUUGAGGCACACUUCGCCAAACCCCUCACGCGAUCUUCCAUCAAGCCCCGACUUCUCUUCCCCGCCAAGACCCCUGCUCCCAAGACCAAGGCCAUGCUUGAAGAAGAAGAGGCGGCAACUGAUGUCGAAGAUGCCGCGGCACCGGAACCAGAGAAGCCCUCGGCCGUCGUCGAGACCCCCGUGGAAGCCAAGCAAGAGAGGGCCAAGACGCCAGACGCCCCCAAGUUUGCGCCCGUAUCUCCGCCAGAAACCAGGCGAACCACUCGGUCGACCAACAAGCUGGCGGCGGAAACUGCCCCGAUCAAGCGCACCGGCAAGAAGAGUCCCUUUGACUCGUGGAUCCGAACCAAGGAGCACACGAACCGAUCAGGCACGAAACGCGCUGCUGCAGAGCCGCUGGCUUCGACCCCCGCAAAGAGAACUCGAUCCUAGGCGCUGCAGGAGACGGUGUUUGUCUGCUUCAGUCUGUUGUCUUUUGCCCGACUAUACCAUAAUAGCUGUUUCCCUUUUCCUUCCUUUUUCUUCUUCUCGACUUGUUGUUUUUCUUUUCUCAUUUUGGGACUGCAGAGAGAUGAGCAAAGCCAGUCGGCUCCGCUCCGACCUGUGGUUGUGAUUCAAUCUUGCACUUGGCAUGUUGAAUAGGUAUCCUCAUCCGUGACAACCGCGAAUGGACAUGGAGGGAACCCGGUCAGUCAGUUUGGCGUUUAACAGGCAUUGUGGAUAUGUGUCAUCCGAAUAGCAGAUGCGCUACUGGAAAAGAGAUUACAGGUUAUGUCACGAUGGUCUGGCUCUCCUAUAUUUCAU